GUAGCCAAUCAAUGCGGACGCACGGGGUAAACACCGCGUCCUCUGGCUGGCGAGCGGGGGCGGGACUACGCCGCCUUGUCAGGGAGGGAGAGAGAGAGAGAGAGAGAAGGAGAGAGAUAUAGAGAGAGAGGUGGGGAGAGAGAACAAGCGAAUGAGAGGAGAGGCUCGCGAGCAGCGCCGUACACUGUUAAACUGGAUUGUACUUCAACGGGAGUUUGCGGUUUGGCAGGUUUAUAUACAUCAAAACAGAACAAAGAGACAGGCUCUACAGUGCUAUAAAAGAAGAGAGAGAAAAGAAUAAAGCGAGGGAGAAAUCUCGGCGACUGAAUUACAAAAGAACUGAGGACACUCCGCUAAUGUUUUUCACACCCAAAGAGGACAUAAACCGGGACUUUGUACGUUGUGGAGAAUUUGCGAGGCUUUUUUUUUUUGUUUUCCGCGGCCACCAAAAGUUUGUUUGGGACGACGCUUUUUCUCCCCCUCCCUCCCCACCCACCCACCAGCACCGCCGCCGCCGCCGCUGUAUAUUUGAAUUUUAAUGUUCACAAUCUCAUCGCAGUGCGAAACUUUUAAAACGGACUGCACAUGGUUUCAAAGGGCUUUUGAAAACCUGGAAUUUUAUUCUUCGACGUCCACGCAGACGCGCCUGAGCUAGAAUGUUGUAAAUACAUGCGGAUUUUAUCCAGUUUUCUGACUCCGUUUUUGAAGCUUUUUUUUUUUUGUGCGUUUUUACGCACAUCAUCGAUGGUGUUCGCCAAAAAGCCUACCCGUACUUUUAAAGUUUGAAUAAUUCAUGAGAUACAAUUUGCCUGCACGAAAGAAGUGACUGUAAAAAAAAAAGGGAGGGGGGUUAUCACAAACAUAUUCAUAAGGGUUGACGGAAUGGCCACCGCGGCUUCCAAUCCUUAUCUACCCAGCAAUAGCAUCUUAUCGUCCGGCUCCAUCGUGCACUCUGACUCCGGCGGCGGUGGCAUGCAGCCGGGCAGUGCUGCGGUUACCUCGGGUUCUGGGGGCUACAGAGGAGACCCCUCGGUCAAGAUGGUGCAGAGUGACUUUAUGCAAGGCGCGAUGGCAGCGAGCAACGGGGGGCACAUGCUGAGCCAUGCCCACCAGUGGGUGACAUCCCUCCCUCACGCCGCGGCGGCGGCGGCGGCAGCCGCUGUCGCCGCGGCCGAAGCCGGAUCGCCUUGGUCGUCGAGUCCCGUCGGGAUGGCCGGCAGCCCGCAGCAGCAGGACGUGAAAAACUCCGGCAGAGACGACCUGCACACGGGCACCGCGCUGCACCACAGGCCCCCUCACUUAGCCCCCCAUCAGACUCACGCCGGGGCUUGGGGGAGCACGACCGCGGCUCACAUCAACUCCAUAUCCGGGGGGCAGCAGCAGCAGCAGUCGCUCAUCUACUCGCAGCCGGGAGGGUUCACUGUGAACGGGAUGCUGAGUCCCGGGAGCCAGAGCCUGGUGCACCCGGGGCUGGUGAGAGGAGACACCCCCGACCUGGACCACGGCAGCCACCACCACCACCACCACCACCAGCAUCCGCACCACCAGCACCACGGCGGCGUCAACAGCCACGACGCGCACUCGGACGACGACACGCCGACCUCGGACGACCUGGAGCAGUUCGCCAAGCAGUUCAAGCAGCGGAGGAUCAAGCUGGGCUUCACGCAGGCGGACGUCGGCCUGGCUCUGGGCACCCUGUACGGGAACGUUUUCUCUCAGACGACCAUCUGCAGGUUCGAGGCGCUGCAGCUCAGCUUCAAAAACAUGUGCAAGCUCAAGCCUUUGUUAAACAAGUGGCUCGAGGAGGCCGACUCGUCCACCGGCAGCCCCACCAGCAUCGACAAGAUCGCGGCGCAGGGGAGGAAGCGAAAGAAGCGCACGUCCAUCGAAGUGAGCGUCAAGGGGGCUCUGGAGAGCCACUUCCUAAAAUGCCCCAAACCCUCGGCCCAGGAGAUCAGCUCCCUGGCGGACAACUUGCAGCUGGAGAAAGAGGUGGUUAGAGUGUGGUUUUGCAAUAGGAGACAGAAGGAAAAACGGAUGACGCCCCCAGGAGUGGCACAGACGCCGGAGGAUGUGUACUCUCAGGGGCAUUUUUUAGUAGAUUACUUAAAAGAUGCAAGUGAAGCGAGCGACCAGAGGGUGACAACUACAAGUUCAUUCCACCAGGUAAUUUUGGCGCAUUGAGACACACCAGGAGGAAAACCAAGUAUUGUUUUUAUUCUUUUUUUUCCCCUUCUUCUUCUUCCCCCCCUUCUCCAACAAAAAAUAAUUCCCCCUCCUCAUUUUACCCCGUGUUUGAUUGAAGAAACAAAGGAGCAGGCAUUUUGUAUAUUUAGAAAUGAGCCGCCUCCCUCCCUGUCUCCAACAAAAAGAGAAAGAGAAAAAAAACGAAAUAAAGAGGGGAAAACUGCAACAAUGCGAAGAAGAGUGACAUCCACGAAGCUUCCAUCACGAUUUUUCCUUUUCUGAGAUGGACUGCAUGGUUUCAUUAACACACACACACACAUACGGAGGAUUAGGGGUUCUUUUCUUUUUUUUUUUUCUCCACGCUGAGGCCCUCAUGAGCCCAGAAAGAAAGCAGGACCAGGACUGCCUGAUCUCAAAGAUCACCCUCGUGUCUGUUUCUUCUUCUUCUCCUUUUUUUUUUUUUUAAUUAUUAUUAUUUAAUGGACACCGUGAGUGGAUUUCUUCUUACCCUUUUCCCCCCCCCAACGAGUAGAGCAUAAGACAUUUGAAAAAGACUUGAGCUGCACUUAUUUGAAGAAAAAAAAAAUCUGUUGCCAAGUGUGACUGAGUGGGUGCUGUGGAUAUAUUAAUGCUGCCCUUUGUAAGCAGUAUUCUUUGGUAGGUUUUAAUAAACAAAAACUCUGUAAAGCCGGCAAUAUAGAUCACUAGAUCAGAUACUGAUCUGAGUUAUUUACUUUAUAUUUUUCAUCAAAAUGACUUGUUUUAAUAUUUUAUUCGGAAUACGUAUGAAUUAUUCCAAACGGUAAUUUAUUUUUUCCCCCCUUCAACUUGUGUAAGAUGAUUUCCCUUCUCUUGUUUAAUUUUUUUUUCUUAUAUAUAUAUUUUUUUUGCCCUUAUUUGUUUAAUUUUGUAUUUCUAAAGGAGCACAAAUCACCGUGAGCUGACCGUUGUUAGGUAAUAAGGGUAUAUUUUGAUGUGAUCAUUUGAUUGUAAUUUAAUUUCAGUAGUGGUUCCGUGCGAGCUGAUUGAGACACAAUAAAUUUGUUAGAAUGAAA